AUGUCUUCCAACGACAACACUUCGACCCUCAAGUCAGUUGUUGACACUGCCACUGGCUACGUCCAGUCUGGUAUUGCCGCUGUGACUGGUAGCUCUGGCGAUCAGGCCAAAGCCGAGGAAUACAAGAACAAGGGCGCCGCCGAGUCUGACCUUUCCCACACCGCAGCCAAGGCAGGUCCUUUCACCAUCAGCUCUACUGGCGCCCCCGCCAAAGACAACUCCGACCGGACCCAAGGCCAAUGGGAUCAGACUGUUGGUAGCGCCAAAGAAACCUUCGGCAACCUCAUCGGAAGCGAGAAGUUGAAGCAACAAGGUCGCGAACAGAACAUGCAGGGUCAAGGGCAAGAGGCUAAGGGCCAACUGAGUGACCUUGGCAAGGGCAUCAGCGACCGUACUCAAGGAGCUGUCGGCAGUGCCGUGGCAGGCCUGACUGGUGACCGCUCCGAACAAGCCAAAUACAACGAGAUUCACGACGAAGGAAAGACCAGACAGCGUGGGGUUGAGCUGGACCUCGACAAGCAGGCCGCCGCCCAGAAAUAG